AGAACUACUAUCUGAAUGACGGUAUCGAAAUUGCUGACUGUAGUUAUCGAAUAGAGAAAACCAAGGGAUUUCUGUACUCACCUUCCUACCCGUACUACUAUCAAUCUUUCAUGAACUGCACCUAUAUUUUACCUCAGCGAAAAGGACAUCGCAUUGUUUUGUCGUCAGGAGAGAUCUCCUUAGGAAGGGAGGCAACAAUCGACAUCUUCGAGAACACGAAUGGGCAUUCAAAACUCCUGUCGGUGUCAUCGAUGCAGCACACCCUUUACGCAUCGUCGGCCUCGUCUCUUCUGCUACACUUUCAAGCCGGGAACAACAACGACA